AGGAGGAACCGCGCCUUCACCGCCUCUGCCGAGGACGCCGCCAGAUAGGAGGCUGAUGACAUGAGGGCUCCGUCUCCCGAGUGAUGGCAGCGCGCGCUGCUUCGCCGCCUCCGCCGCUCAGCCCCGGACUCCUUACGUCAGGGUAGCUGGGUCCCCCCUCCGCGCGGGAGCCAGCGAACAGCGAGAGAGCACAGCAGAGCGCGCCGCGGAGCCGGGGCGCUCUCACUGCGCGAGAAGCCCCGCCAAACCCAGCGGAGCGGAGCCUGGCAGGAGGCAGCGCCGCGGAGCCAGCGCCGCGGAGCCAGCGCCGGACGCCGCAAGCAGACUCCCCGGCCAGCGCAAGCACUCCCUGGCCGGCGCCGGACCCUCGGGGCGCCGCGUUCGUCUUGUGUGCCCCACGUCAUGCGCGCAGGCGUUCGCGGCUCUCCCGACCAGCCCCAGCGCGGUGGGCCCAGGCGCAGAGGUCCCGGCGCCUCUCGCUGAAGUAGUUGGGUGGCCGGGGCUGGGGGUCGCCACGUCGGGGGCGCGGCCAGGACCCGCGGAGCCGGCCCCCGAGCGCGGGGAGCGGGGCCGCCCGCGCCGCCCCACCAUUACCUCCCCGGGCGGCAAGGAGGAGCUGGUGGCGGUCGCCUCCCGGCUGUGGCAGCGGCGGCGGCGUGCCUGCCUGGCGGCCGUCGGCGUACUCUUGGCCAUGGCGCUCGGGCUGCUCAUCGCCGUGCCGCUGCUGCUGCAGGCGGCGCCCCGAGGCGCCGCGCACUAUGAGAUGAUGGGCACCUGCCGCAUGAUCUGCGACCCUUACACUGCCGCGCCCGGCGGGGAGCCCGCGGGUGCAAAGGCGCAGCCACCCGGACCCAGCACCGCCGCCCUGGAAGUCAUGCAGGACCUCAGCGCCAACCCUCCGCCUCCUUUCAUCCAGGGACCCAAGGGCGACCCGGGGCGACCGGGCAAGCCAGGGCCGCGGGGGCCCCCUGGAGAGCCGGGCCCGCCUGGACCCAGGGGCCCUCCGGGAGAGAAGGGCGACUCGGGGAGGCCCGGGCUGCCAGGGCUGCAACUGACGGCGGGCACGGCCAGCGGCGUCGGGGUGGUGGGCGGCGGGGCCGGGGUAGGUGGCGAUUCCGAGGGUGAAGUGACCAGUGCGCUGAGCGCCACCUUCAACGGCCCCAAGAUCGCCUUCUAUGUGGGUCUCAAGAGCCCCCACGAAGGCUAUGAGGUGCUGAAGUUCGACGACGUGGUCACCAACCUCGGCAAUCACUAUGACCCCACCACGGGCAAGUUCAGCUGCCAGGUGCGCGGCAUCUACUUCUUCACCUACCACAUCCUCAUGCGCGGCGGCGACGGCACCAGCAUGUGGGCGGACCUCUGCAAGAACGGGCAGGUCCGGGCCAGCGCCAUUGCACAGGACGCCGACCAGAACUACGACUACGCCAGUAACAGCGUGGUGCUGCACUUGGAUUCAGGGGACGAAGUGUACGUGAAGCUGGAUGGCGGGAAGGCUCACGGAGGCAAUAAUAACAAGUACAGCACGUUCUCGGGCUUUCUUCUGUACCCGGAUUAGGGGCGCGGGGGGUGCGAGGCGGGGUGGCUGCAGGCCGCCCGGUCUCCGCCCGGGCGCGGCUCCUUGGCAAAGGCCACUCUCGAUUCAUAACACUUCCUGACAUCUCCUUUGGAAAAGACAAAUCCCUGCCUCCUCCCUGCCCCGCUCCUGGCCUCAGUGCGUCUGCGACCCACCACGCUCAGGGCUGUGCUCCUGGUCUCCAUCCCCAUCCCGGCGAGGGAGGAAGGGACGCCCGAGCCCUUGAGGCGGCGGCACAGACUUUGCAAACCUGAUUAGACUGGACUGGCAGGGCCGGGAGCCUGCCCUCCUCAGACAGCCUCCUCCCAGUGCCUAGAAGCGGAGGGCUCCGGGCCCUGGCCAGGGAGAUAGGCCAGAGGGAGCGCGGGCUUCCUGGGGCGUCCUUCUUUGUGACCCGAAAUACUUGUGCAGAUUUCCCUGUCCAUCAGCCAAAACCCCACCCACAGCAGAAUUCCAGCAAACAGAAAAUUCACCUCUCCACACCGCAUUCCCUCCUGACUCAGACUCACCGCGAUGCAUUAAAUUAUGUUUUUAGACUAUG